AUGGCAGCGAGAGAGGACGAGCUCCGUCGAGCGCGGCUCCAAGCCCAAGGUUUUAUUCUUUCAGAACCUGUCCCCAGACACGAGACCGGCUCGCGCGCUCAGACCCAUCUCUCCACACCGGUCUCCACAGCCCUCGCCCUGCGCCACGAACAAGCGAAGCUCCCGGGAGGCGAAGCGGCGAGGAGCGACAGCAAUGGCAGAGAGAGUCCACCGAGGAGCAACGGAGAGGGGAGUCUCUUUUCACAGGGAAGGGAGGAAGAGGAAGAGAAGAAUGAAGAAACACGAAGGCACAUUCCGGGCCGCGCGACCGCUAGACCGGUUGCCCAAGCUCCCGCCUCCUGGCUCGAGAGGCCAUUCGUGGCGCUCGCCGCUUCGGCAGCCCAAGCGGCUCUGGCCGCAGCCGCCGCUGCGGUAAGAGGCGACUCGAGUCCAGGAACUGAAUCUGCGUCGGCCUCUGGGACUUCUCGGGUUACCGAGAGCAAAAAUGAAGAGGAAAGUUCGAGGUCCACAGAACCCGGACCCGGUCCCGCGAUGACGCUCGAAAGUGUCAACGAGAAGGUGGAAGAAGUUCUCAGUCAUGUCGUGGAUCUGUUUACCGGUGCUGGGAGGUUGCGAGGCAGUCCGGGUUCCUCAGGACAUCAAGCGGAACUCGCCUCAUCCUCCGUGGCUGCAGGCGGGUCGGACGCUCGGCACAGUCCGGUUGGGCUCCCAUCUUCGGACAAGGAAAAAGGGACACGACAAAGGGAGGAACGGAGGCCCACGGACAGCUCGGAGGGUGAAGAAGAGGCAGGCGUUCAGGUCAUGGACGAGGCGUCCAUGACUGCAGAAGAAGAGAGCGCGGGCGUUUCCACUAGCGCGGAAGACAACAGCAAGACGACCCGGUCUCAUGACAAACAUUCGUCAAAUCGGUCUUCAGGAGGCCGACUCCCACUGGAGGGAUCUGUGUCUCGAACAAACUCACAAGAUGAAGGUCCAGAGGAAAAUACUGAGAUAGACGAUGAUGGCGAGGAGCUCCUCCAGCGAGCGCACAACCUCACCAAAAGUUCGGAUGAAUCUCCCAGGAGGCAUCGCGUCAACAGUGUCGGUGAUGCAGAAAGCCCUCCGGCGAAGCACACUAGCGCAUCUUUUGACGGAGACGCCCUCGUCAGCGAUGGAGCAUCCCCUGGGAGCCGGGAAAAAGGUGUAGACGGCCAGGAACAAGAGAUUGAGGGAAGCGAUGAAAGAUUUUUAAAUCGGCACUCUGGAAUUCGGUUCCCUCUCAACAAAAAUAUGGAGACGCCAACGGAUACACGCGUCAAGGCUGUUGGGAAGACCCGUGAAGGCACGGUGAGCCAGCAGAAUGGAAGGCCAAGGAGACUUCACGGUUCGAGGCAAAUCGACUUGAAGACAGGAGCCUCAGUUUCGAACGAGGCGGAGAGCGCAGCUUCCUCUAACGGAGCGGAGGCGGAGGGCAAUGCGAAAGAAACGCGUUUUCACGGUCGAAAGGCUCAUGAAGGUCGGGCGGGAGAGGGGCCAGGAGGCAAAGAGCAGGUACACACUGACUGGCCUGUGCGCCAUCACACACAUCACUCGGCCGGAGAGGCGGCUGAAAAUAUCCCCCCCUCGAAGCACGAAGCUGGAACGCAACCGUUCAGAGAAGCCAUCAUCCGAGAACCUGUUCCCUGGCAGGUACCUGACAGAGAAUCUAUAGCCGACGAUCCUCAGAAUGGGCGCGGCGAAAUAAAUGCGCAGUCUGUUCGUGAGAACGCACCAGAGGGCGGAAAUCCCAGAGCACGAAACGUAACAAACACAGCGGGAAGCCCGCAUGGCCAGUUGGGAGUCGAUGCAACCUUUGCGCGCGACGCGACUGUUCCGGGCGAGAAGCCCCCUGAUUCCCCUGUCUUUCCUCCUACGGAACCGGAACUUCCUCAGGCGUCCCAGCACAACACAGACGAAGAUGGUGGUUCGCGACUGUUGCGGAGACCGGAGGAUAUGUCUGACCUUCCCCCGACCGCUGGCCUGGUUGAUUUCCUGACUGUUCCAACCGACGUUCGCACAGCUGAAUGGCAACAAAUGGAAGACCCGUCUAGUGCGGAGCCGCGUCGUCCUCCUGGAGAGACGUCACCCAAGACAGCUUCAACAUCUUCCCCGGCCCAUCUCCUCUUGAAUACGAAAGGGCCGAGACGACACGGUGCCUCAGCGCCUACGCAGAGCGGCUUUGACCGGUUGUACCCUCAGUUUGUGGCAGCUGAAAAUAUAGAAAAUUUGCGAGGCUCUGAAACACAGGGGGAGGAGGCAAGUAUGCAGACUGGUCAAUUGGAACUGCUGACUGAUGCAGAAGCCGACGAGCCCGUGGCUCCGUCAGCAUCCUCGCCAGUGGGGAUCUCUAGCCAAAUAGUUGGUAAACAGGUAACACCAGGCGCGAAUGCCUAUGAGGCGAACAAAGAGAAGGCGCAACUGAAAGGAGAGCACGAACCAGGCGCUGGCUCAGUCGAGCCCGAGUCACAUGUAGGAGCACAGAUUGGUUCAGCUGCAGCGGCCGCCGCGACUUCUUUCGCAGAAAAACUCCGGCAGCUGGACUGGGAGAAGCUGGCUCUCGACAGCCCAGUCAAUAAAGCGUUGCCGUUGUUCAGCUAUCUUCUCGGACAGGGCGGAUCUGCCCAAAUACCUAAAUUUGAGCACCAAAGGCGGAGCAUGGUUGUGGCAAACUCGCCUGCAGCGCUGCCUCCUGUCUUCGGACAAGCUGCCGAACCGGGAGGGCGCCUGACAUCAGAUCCUCUCGGGGUGGGGCAACGGCUUACAACUGAGCAGCCCGGUGAAACAGACCAGGUGAAACUGAUGGGCUACAGUGUAGGUCCACUGAGACAUCCUUUAGGCGCAAACCAGCGCACCGAAAGCCCCGCUAAGGCGAAAAACGUAGAGCCGUUUGUGAGUUCGGAUAGACCUGACAAGUUCGGCUUCGAUCAGACGCCGAACGCAUCCACUCUGACCACUGUCUUCAGUCCUUUCGUUGCUUCACAGCAAUCCACCGCGGGGGUGCAGGGACAAACAGACUCUCUUGCUACAGCUCGAGUGCCUCUAUCUGUGACGUCCAACCUGCAACCCCUUGGACGGAUCAUGGGCCUGCGAACGGACUCAUCACUGGGAUCAAUGUUUUCUGCCCCGCCGACAGAUCCGGCUCUUCCUAAUGUCCACUCUACGACUCCGCCGCCCUUUUCCGCCUCGAAUGCCGUUGGUCAGAGAGUCGACAGGGGGAUGACGUUCAACGAGGCUGGUGCCGCGAAUACGCAACUGACACUCACGGCUUGGCCAGCCUCAUUCACCGGACUAAAUGGCCGAGGCAUACUACAGGCAGCAUCUUCACUUCUGAAAGGAUUUUAG